AUGGGAUCCACCGAAAGCAAACUCACACGACAUCGUAACAACCAAGACAACCAUGGUCGAGGACGGCGCACCAGUGCCCAUUUAUUUCGCUACCGUUCCAACCAAACAUCUAAAUCCAAAUCAUCUUCUGAUGAUGAUCAUCAAAGCAAUAAUAGCAGCGUCAAGGAGAAUAGUGGUGGUAGUAGUAAUCGCACUACACGACCUGCACUAUCACACUUGCAGCAACAAGGGAACCAAAUAAUGAAUCGGAUCAAGCGUCAACAAGCUCAGCAACAAAAACAGCAAAAACAGCAACAGAGGCAAAUUCAACAAGAAGAAACAGCACCCAAUGAUAAAGCUGCCAGCGCAAAUUCUGAAAGCUCGGAAUCAGUAACAACCUCAAAAAACUCUGGGAAAGCAGACUCCACUGUUGGAUGGGAUGCGGUCAAUCGCGACGCCAUGGUAUUAGCCGCUGCUCAUACUGCUAGUGCCGCAAGCAAUGGAAGUAACACAGGAUUAUCCUCAGCAGGAAGUGGCACCACCGUCAAAGAAGCCGUACAAAAGAUCGUGGAUGAAGUACACCCAUCAUCCGGAAGCGUACCUAAUCAGCAAAAGUCAUCACCUUUAUCAGCAUUAUCACCCACACCUUCCACCUCGCAAAAGAAAAAGCAAUAUUCAACCUCAUAUCAGCCACAAAACACAAGCGAGCGUAUUCUGAUGGAUUUGUUUACGUUGCCAGAAUCCGAUGCACAGCGUAGAAAGGAACGUGACAGGCAUCAGCGUCAGCACUAUCUUUUAAAGUAUGUUUGGCGAAGCAACUUUAAAGUACCUCUCGAGUCACCUUCCCUUAUUAUCAAUUGGUGCUGUGGUGCAGGCAUGUGGACUAUGGAAAUGGCACAACAGUUCCCUGAAUGCGAGGUGGUUGGCAUCGACUAUGAAAACGCAACACUCCCAAGCCUCGCUGACAGCUUGAAAAAUUUGAGAUUUCAUAACGUCGUGAUCCAUGAAGGCUGUACUGGAUUUGAGGACUUUGAAGACAAUAGCGCCGAUUACAUAAUGAUGCGUGAUGUAUGGAUGGUCAAUUCACCAGCACAUCGAUGGGCAGAAACGUUAUCGCAGGUGUAUCGCGUGCUAAAACCUGGUGGAUGGGUUGAGUUGUAUGAGCAGGAACUCGAAGUACAGCAUCCAGGGCCUAAUCUGUUUCUUGCCGACCAUUGGUAUGGCGAGAUUUUUGCAAACUGCGGCAUUGAACGCAACAUCACGGAUCGGUUGGGCGAGUAUCUCAAGCAGGCAGGGUUCAUUGAUAUUGACGAACGUGCUUUGGAAUUGCCGUUAGGCGAAUGGUCAUCCAUCCCAGCACUCAAACAAACAGGAUAUCUUAACAAAGACCUUAUGGUGCGCCGUUUCCGUAACAACAUCCCUCUCAUGUGCGAAUUCAAUAACUUGUCCCCGGAUCAUGUCAAGCGAGUGAUUGAAAAAGCAUUUGCCGAAUGCGACGAACACAAAUCAUGCAUGCGUUGGUUUUAUUAUGCAUCACAAAAACCACUCCCAACAACAACAGCUGUGACAUCGUAG